ACUCUUCAGUCCCUGUUUCGCUUGCCCUGCUUCUCAGACUCAGAUCAAUCAAAAACAAAAACCCAUUACCCAUCUCUCCCUCUUUCUCUUUCUCAAGGACAGAGAGUGAGAGGGAUUCGCAGACAAGAAUGAAGAUACUUUGUGACGUGUGUGACAGAGCUGAGGCCUCUCUGUUCUGUCCCUCCGACGAAGCUGCUCUCUGCUACGCCUGUGAUCGCACCAUCCACCAUGCCAACAAGCUCUCUCGCAAACAUUAUCGCUUCUCUCUUCACCAUCCUUCCUCUAAUUUCUCUCCUCUCUGCGAUAUCUGUCAAGAGAGGAGAGCGUAUCUGUUCUGCAAAGAGGACAGAGCAAUACUGUGCAGAGAAUGUGACAUUCCUAUCCACAGAGCCAGCGAGCAUACUCGGAAACAUAACAGGUUUCUUCUCACUGGUGUGAAGAUCUCUGCUUCAACCUCAAGCUCUGAUUCGCAAUCCAACGUGAAGAGACACAGAUCAUCAUUUUCUAGCGAGAAUGCUUAUUCUUCAAUGGUGGUGAAUAGUUCUCUAUUGGCCUCAGCGACUGGCAAUGGCAGCGUUGAAGACCAGUGCAUAAUUAGUAAAACCAGUUCAGUUUUGACAAGCAGCAUUUCUGAAUACUUGAUCGAGAAGAUACCUGGUUAUUGCUUUGAAGAUCUUCUUGAUGCUUCUUCAUUCCCUCCACCUAAUGGUUUCUGUUAGGUUUGCCAUAAACCCUAUAUCAACUGAACUAUUAUUAUGCAUUGAUCUUGGAUUAAGAUGUACUCAGCAAUUUCUUUCUAGUAUCGCUCACUAGCUCACACACACCAGCAUUACUUUUUCUUCUUCUUCUCAUUUUGUGUUUGCACCUAGCGAACACAUUAGAGGGAGAUAUGUUUAUUUUUCAUAUGGUAUUGUUCUUAAUAACUCUUUGUGUGGUUUUGCUGUAUAAUAUUGCACAAGUAUGAGAACCUGUCAGCAUUUGAGGAGCAUGAUGUUGAAGCAAGCAUGUAUUUGUUCAGAAGCUUCAGACGAAUCUCAUCCACUUUAAUCUGUGCUUCUCGAAUCUUCCUCAUAUUGGCAAUUCGCUGGUUGGAUUUCAGGAAAUGACUAAAGAAAACUUCGCCUAAUUGUUCAUAAAACCAAUCCUUUAUUAACGAGACAGCGUUAGAAGCUCUCGUUGAUUAAUUAACAAUUUGUAAAAUCAGUUAGAGGAUAUCAUCUGUUUAGUUAUUUGCAUUUCCUUUCUUCUUUCUGCUUUUUUUUUUGGCAAUCUUCUCAGCUUUCAAUAUGCGUUUAAAAUUCCAAUUUUCCUUCUUUUGGAAUUAG